AGCUUUUUAAUGGCUCUGCGUUCCCUUUAGUGUUUUUUCUCCAGCCGCAGUGAAACCCUAAAAGCAGAGGAAGCUAAGGGAGAGUAACAGAGCACAACAAUGGCGGCAAUCACACAGCAACCAAGGACAUUGACGACGAAAGAGGCUGACAUACAGCUGAUGUUGGCAGCUGAAGUCCACCUCGGUACUAAGAACUGUGACUUCCAAAUGGAACGUUACGUCUUCAAGCGUCGCAAUGACGGUAUCUACAUUAUUAACGCUGGAAAGACAUGGGAUAAGCUGCAUAUGGCAGCUAGAGUUAUUGUUUCUAUUGAGAAUCCUCAGGACAUCAUUGUGCAAUCUGCCAGGCCCUAUGGACAGAGAGCCGUCUUGAAGUUCGCACAAUAUACUGGUGCACAUGCCAUUGCUGGCCGUCACACCCCUGGUACCUUUACCAAUCAGCUUCAGACUUCAUACAGCGAGCCACGACUUCUCAUUCUCACUGACCCUAGAACUGAUCACCAGCCUAUCAAGGAAGCUGCACUUGGAAACAUCCCCACUAUUGCCUUCUGUGACACUGAUUCACCAAUGCGUUAUGUUGACAUUGGUAUCCCUGCCAAUAACAAAGGGAAGCACAGUAUUGGGGUUCUCUUUUGGAUCUUAGCAAGGAUGGUACUGCAGAUGCGCGGUACUAUUAGCGCAGGACCCAAGUGGGAUGUCAUGGUGGAUCUCUUCUUUUACAGAGAGCCUGAAGAGGCAAAAGAUCAACAAGAAGAGGAAGUACCUGCUAUUGCUGAUUAUGCAGAAUAUGGUGGUGCUGCUCUUGGUGGUGACUGGACUAGCAGCCAAAUCCCUGAUGCUCAAUGGGCUGCAGAUGGUGCAACAUCUGUUCCUGUAGCUACCGGUGGCUGGUCUGGAGAAGCAGUGGCUGAGGGAGGUUGGGAUGCUGCAGCUCCUCCUCCUGCACCAGUUGGUGUACCAGAAGUGAUCCCUACCCUAGCACCUGGCUUGGAAUGAACUUGACUCCUUUAGAAAGUUCUUUUUGGUUAAAAUUAGAUAUGUGAGUUCUUAUAACAGACGGUUUUGUUUACGAUGCAAUUUUAUUAAAAUUUUGGACCUGUUGAUGUACGAAAUUAUUUCAAAUCAUUUAUAGCAUGUCUUUUUAGUGCA